CAACAAACCAAGCCUUCAAUAUCCGAACCACUCUCAAGAGCAAUCUUCCACACACGUCAAGUUGCAAUCUGCACUGAAGAGACUUGUAUCUCUCGAUUUCCACUGCACCAGAGCAUCAACUGUCACAAUUCUUGAAGCUCACCUCUCCAAUCGACCCGUUUUUGAGGAAACGAGCACCACUAUACAACACUCAUCCAUCAUUAUGUCUUCCGGAAACAAGCAGUCCUCCAAAUCCUCCAACGGCAUGGGUAGCAGCCUCAGUGCAGGAAACCUCAGUCAUGUCCCGGAUGGAAGCAGUGGCAGCAUGGAGCGCUUUUCGCAGGCGGAUGGGCCUUACUAUGCUCGGGCACGGAUGGGAGAUCGCUCGGAGCACGUGUCACGUCUCUCGAGCCAGCUCAACGCAGCAGAACAGAUCCUGAAAAAGUGAACGGCCAUCGAAAAGUAUCAACUGAAGAAAAAAAGCGUCAAAGAGACAAAAAAAAGUUCAAAAUCUGCAAGACUUUCGAU